GAGAGUUGAGCCGGUGUCAAUGGUCACAAGAUUGAAGACAGGUGGUGUGCCAAGGCUGAUGCCCAUGAAAUACUUGUUCUUGCGCAUGCUAUCAUCGCCUAUGACGGUGGAGGAGUCUGCAGGAGAAAAACAGUGUUUCAUGAAUCAAGAACAAGAACACAUAAGUAUGAUGUGUUAAGAAUGUUUGGCUUACCAAUAUUAAUGCAAGGACUACAGGCAAAACCCUUCCUGUUCUAUCUCAUUCUCAUCGUCCUGGAUUAAUUAAUCCAACCCGAAAAUGAAUCGGAUUAGGAUCCAACGAACCCGAAGAAGAAUCGGAUUAGGAUUCAACGAGGCAGAUUUAAAGCCAAAGCGAUCGAAUUUCUCUACAGAGAUUGCUCGAUCGAUCGAUCGAUGAUGGCUCGCCACAUCUUGGCGGCGGCGGCGGCGACGGCGCUGGUGUUGCUAUGCUGUUUUCAUCUGCCGGCGACGGCGAUGAUGGCGGAUACCAUCAGGUACGGGCCACCGAGGGUGCCCCACCGGCUGGGCACCGUCAUCGCCGUCGACCUCGGCAACACCAACUCCUGCGUCGCCGGCUACGGCGACGAGGCUGAUGCGCCGCCGCUGUUCCGGCUCUGCAUCCCCACCUCGGUCGCCUUCACCGGCGACGGCGACGCCCUCGUCGGCGAGGCUGCCAAGAACCACCCCGCCGCCAUCUCCGGCUUCAAGCGCCUCCUCGGGACGAGGUUUGGCUCGCCGGAGGUGCGGCGAGCUGCCGAGCACCUGCCGUACAAGAUCGUCGACUGGUGCACGAUGGCUCACAUCGAGGUGAACGCCGGCGCCGGCGGCGCGGCGAGGAGCGUGUACGCCUCCGACGUGGCCUCCAUGGUGAUCGCCGAGCUGAAGGCUCGCGCCGAGGCUCGCCUCGCCGGCGGCGGGAAGAAGGUCCACAACGCCGUCGUCACCGUCCCCUACUACUUCUCCGACGGCCCACGUGAGGCGGCCAUGAACGCCGCCAGGAUGGCCGGCCUGACAACCGUCCGGAUCAUCGACGAGCCCACCGCCGCCGCCGUCUCCCACGGCCUCCACCACGGCCGCCUGCGCGACGGCGGCAACGUCCUCGUCCUCCACGUCGGCGGCGGCACCUCCGCCGCUACCGUCCUCACCUACGACAACGCCGUCUUCGAGGCCGUCGCGUCGCGCCACGACGCCCACCUCGGCGGCGAUGACUUCGACGCCAGGAUCGCCGGCCGCUUCUCCCAGCUCAUCAAGCGCGACCACGGCGGCGGCGUCGACGACAUCGCCCCCGCGAAGCUGAAGUCGCAGUGCGAGCUCGCCAAGAGGACGCUGAGCAGCCACGACGUCGCCCAGGUGAACCUCCACGCCACCAACCUCGCCAAUGGCGCCUUCUCCUUCUCCGGGUCACUGACGAGGGCGCAGUUCGAGGAGCUCAACCACGACCUGUUCGAGAAGGUCAUCUCCCUCGUGGACGCGGCAAUGGCGGAGGCCAGACGCGCGGUGGCGGGGUUCGACGUGAUCGAUGAGGUGGUUCUCGUCGGUGGAAGCACAAAGAUUCCGAGGAUUCGAGAGCUCAUCAAGAACUACUUCGCCGGGAAGGAGGCGACGGUGAAGGCGACGGCGAGCAUUGGCGGCGGGGCGGUGGUGGUGGUGGAGCCUGAGGAAGCUGUCGUCCAUGGCGGUGGGCUUCUGAGCCAUCCCAUGGAGGAUGGCUACCAUUGCAUGGGAGCCGGUGGUCGCCGUCAGAUAGGGUCGCCAAUGGAUCGCUGUUACCAUGAAUUUUAGCUGAAUUUGAAAUUUAGACUCUCUUGUGUACAACUACUGUUGUAUUAAUCGUUGAUAUAAGAGAUGUAGUGACAUAAUAGAUGCUCUCUUCGUUUCAAAUUAA